GGUAAUUCCUACCGGUGGCUGGGAUUAUUUUGUCUGAAUUACCUACCCUUGUUGAUGCUCGACAGGCUGCACUCGACGGGACUAUAAUUUAUGGACGAACCAAUCAGACUUACAAUAACAGGUCUUGAAUUUUGACGCUAAAUCCACUCAUCCACUUGGUUAAAUAUAGUUUCGGCAUCAACUAGUUGAUGUUAGUUCGUGAUGAAAACCCUAUAUCUGAUUCCUAAUACUAACCAUCAACUGUAAAAAUUAAUCCUAGUUCCUCAUGCUGGCUUAUAACCCUCAUUUAGACGUAGUAUGUAGGUGGACAUUAUCAAGUUCUCUUUAGCGCCGCUCAAAGGUCGUCCAUAAAUCAUAGUCUCACCGUGAAUGCGCCGACAAUUUUCGGUCUUCUAAAUGAAUCGAGUGUCAGCGCAAGUAUGUUAGGGGUCGGAUGGCUCCUGUAAGGAAAAGUAUCUCUUCUCGACAUCCUUCUGAACGUUUUUCCAAGAAGCACAUUCGUAACGACGAUGGGUCAGUAUUGGUUGUAAGUAAGAAAAUGAAGAACAUAAUAAAGCAAGAACUUAAAGCACAAUCCAUAAGUAAUAUGCUAACUGACGAUACUAAUUCCGAAGAUCAUUCGAACCUUUCUCAAUCAUCUUUCAAGCACGCGUUAAAUCCAUAUACUGAAUGUAGUGAUAACAACAGUUUGAGUAAACCUUGCACUCGUUUAUCGUCUGAUAAUACCAAUAUGCAUCGAAUUGUCAAAAAAGUUCCCCGUAAAAAGCGUCUCAAAUCUAAACUGCACUCUCAUUUUAAUCGCAAUCAAAAUUUAAAAUCAACCUUACUUUCUAUGAAAAAAGAUAUACAAGGGGAAUCUCGUGGAAAUCAACAAUCGACAGUGCGUUUUUCUACCGAUCAGUCAGCUUUCGUAAAGUCAAAUGGAGUGCGUAUUCAAAAGUCAAACUUGAAAUCCUCACAAAACCAACAAUCAAAAGUUGACGAUAGUCAUAUUGAAGAAAAAAGACCAUCAUCAAUAAAUAUUGUCAAUUCCUUUCGCAGUUUACUACAACAAUUUUAAUGGAUAUCUUUUUUGUUGUUGAUUGUCUUGUAAACUAGUUCUCGAAAUAAAUCAUAUCGUUUGUAGAUUAUAACAGUAAUUGUAAAUUUGAUGAUUGAUAAUGCUUUAAAAUUGAUUUUGGAAUUGUUUUUUUUUGUAAAUAAAUCAGUUACAUGAAUAAAACUGUAUAUACAAACUGUAUCUCAAGUUUUGUAUUUUUACAUGGUUAAAACCCCUAUCAUAUGAAUUUUUCAUAAUUUAAAUUUCAGAUUUCUUACUUUAUUACUGUAGAUAUUUGAUUUUUUGCUUAUUUUGGGUUAAAGAUCCGAAAAUCAUUCUCUAUUUUGAUUUAAAUAAUAUUACUAGUUUGCAUAUAA